AUGAUACGCAAAAGCACCUUGUUACCGAGACCGAUGACACUAGUACGCAUAAGGAUGUUGAAGACGGAGGCGAAGAGAACACCGCAGAAUCAUCCCUUUACGGAACUGGGCGGCGACACUAGUACGCAUAACGGUAUUGAAGACGGAAGAGAAGAGAACGCACAAAAUCAUCACGUUACGGAAUCGGGUGACACUAGUGCUCACAUGGAUGCUGAAGACGGAGGUUUGGAAGUUGACGGAGAAAUAGCAAUGAUGGAGGAGUGUGAACUCCCUGAGAAGCUCUUCAGCAAGAAGUUGAAGGCGGUUUCGAAAUCUCCUCCACUAAAUCUAUUUGGAGACCUAAUACUGGCUGAAGUUUUCAAGGAACGGCUAACUGCAUGGGAGGAGAAAGCCACUUCUUCGGGUGCCGAACAAUAA